AUGCCCUUUACUCAUGACUCAAAGGCCAAAUUGUACCGUAAGACCAGGAGGACUCUGAGGAAGGCCGCUGAAUAUGCCAAGGCCUUUACUGGCUGGGCCUUGUACUCACCUUCACCCGAGGAAGAGCCGAUGAUGGUGAUGAUAGGCCGCACAAAGCCUAAAACACCGUCAGCUUCUCAGGGGGCGAGAGACAUCGGCAAGAUCCUCUCUGGCACAACGAGACCGAAGCCAGUGGAAUGGGUAGAGAAGGAGCACUCCACAAACCCAUCAGAUGAUGAGGUUAGUCAGCCUCCAGCCAGGCCUAGCCACUCUGUCCCGCUGCCUCCCAGCAAACAUGCUGACUCACAACCCUCCGCUCCCUCAACCAAGCAAGACAUAUCGAAUCUAUAUGAUCGCAUCAGAAAGUUAUUCGAUGCAGACAUAGCUCUGGUAAAGCAAGAGGUACAGGUCAUCACUGAGCAG